GGAGACAGAGAAGAUGAAAGAGUACAUUAUGGAUUUCAGCCUGGAUAACUGUGCUCUGGGGAAUCAGGGCUAUAACAGGAUUCUCCUGCAGUUGUUUGGCUAUCAGGGUCAUGGCAAAUCCUCAUUCAUUAAUUCCUGUAAGUACGUAAUUGAUGACAGUGAGUAUAGAGAAUUUGCUAACGUUGCUAAAGGAGAAAAUGAAUCUGAGACAAGGAAAAGAAGUUCAUAUAAACUGACAGAGAAUGUGACUUUGGUGGAUAACAGAGGGGCAGGAAAAAUGAGCAAGAUGGAGACAGGAGAAAUCUACCUUCAACUGGGAAAUUUUUUACCACUGGAUAAAGAAGUCGAAUGGCAAACAAAUUUUGGUGACAUGGUGAAUAAAGUGUUGCGGUCGGAGGGGCAGGAAGUGGCUGCAGACUUUAUUGUUCCAAUAUUUGUGUACAGUGGAAAAACUGGAAUGGGAAAAGAUGCCGACCUUUCGGAAAUAAUUUCCAGUGCCAGAGAAAUAACAGGCAUUGACCCAGCUGUUGUUAUUACCCAUGAAUUGUGUAUUUCUGCUGAUAAACUGAAACAACUAGGAGAUAGAUUUAGAGAAAAGGGGGCAAGGAACAUCUACCCUGUAGAAAACUACACCGAAAAGGAUAAGCUGAAAACCAGAGGAAAACAUACAGCCAUCUUAAAGUGUCUCUACGAGUCCCUUAUGGAUGUUGAAUUCAGAAUGAACAACAAAUUGGAUCCUAUUCAGGAAAGAAUCCAAAGGAAAGAGUUCCUUAUUUCCUAUGCCCAUAACAGAGCAUUAGAAAAACAAAAAGAGAAGUAUGAGCAUGAAAGAUUUUUGGAGAAAAAGGCAAUGGAAAGGGCAUUAGAAGAAGAAAGGGAAAGAACAAGGCAAGAAAAGGCAAGAAAUAAACCUUGGUACCAGCUCUGGUGAUAUUGAACUAGAAAGUGUAGGAAUAUGCUUAAAAUCAUGAUUCUUAUGCCUUCACCUUUAAAUUCUUAUAUUACAUGGUUAGUUGCUUGUAACUGCAAUUGCAAGGUUCAGUUAAAAUACAGGAUCAAUAUUAUCUGUACAACUUGUAGAAGCUGCAUACUGUUACUGAAAUAUAUGUAACUUCAGCUGUUGCACUUUAGUUAUUUCUGUAACUUUGACAUUUCUGUAACUUUGACAUUUUGCUUCCCCCACCCUAUGGAACUUUGUUUGCGUCUUCUAAAUGUAACACAUGCUCUAUUCCUGUGAUUCUGCACACUGUGCUAUUUGUUGUCUCUCUCCUUGUAUGCGGUUAAAGGAGGGGCCAUAGGGGGCAUGCAAAGAAUAUAAAAUCUAGCUUUACAUGCUAAUAAACAGACAAGUUUUGCAUCA